AUGUUAAAGCGUCACUUACUUGUUUCUUCACAUUACCGUAUUUUUCAUUGGACUGCUUCUUUAGGUACACAACGACGCUUUCAAGGACGAAUUCCAAAUAAAGGUUAUCGUGAACAACCAACAGUACCGGAUCGACUUAAGGAUGCGGUUUCUCUUUUUGGGGCUGAUGCACAUAAUGUCACCCCGGAUGAUCCACCCUACAUUCCAGAGGAACAACGGAUGCACAUGACUAAAGAGAUUAUGGGGAGUAAUCAGAAUAUGAAGAAUCAUGCUAAAAUGGAUAGAUUACGAGUAGCGUUAGAUGCUGUACAUAAUGGAAGUCCUGAUCAUGCAGGAUGGAAAGAGGUAUAUCUUUUUCUUCGUACUACGGAGUUAUGCUGUGAGUUAGAAAAAGAUCCUACAGAUGUUUUCCCAAAAGGUAAAAAACUUUGGAUUAAUUUAGAUGAAUGUGAAGAGAGACGACGUCCAGUACUAAUGCAGAUGCCGAAUGGUAUGAUUGUAUUACCUGUUUUCUCUAUGGAGGAAUACCUUGAUCAUUAUUUUUCUCGAGUUGAUGCCUUUGAAUCUUGUUGGUUCCCCAUUCCAAGAAUGGGUUCACAGUAUGAAAAUUUUUGUAGUUUACCUUUUCCUGUUACAGCUGUUGGGGGAAUGAAACAUUUUAGUGCUCUCGCCACAGUAGCGUUAUCAUCAUUACAAUUUGGAAUUCUUGUUAAUCCUGGACAACGUACCAGUAAAUUUAUUACCUAUCCAGAAAUGGUAGAACUUGCUCGACAACAAAGUAUGCGACCUAAAGAUCGUAAUAGUAAUUUAAAACGUAAGAAUGGUGAAAUAGAAGAGGAUUUGUUUGAACCAAUUUUUAGAUGUGGGUUUGACACUAGAAAACUUCUGAUGAAACGUGUAGAGCCUUUGGAUCUGAGUAAGAUUCUUAAUCCCCGUCCUCGUAUACCUCCUGUGGCAACAUUAGAGUUGCAUCUUCUUCUUUUUGAAUAUGAAAAAAUAUUAAAAGUUUUUGUUCGAACUGUAGAAAGACCACGUUGGCGUCGCGUUUUUGGAGCUUCUGAAAAGAUGACUCAAAUAGACGUUGUCCUUGAAGGUGGAAAAGCUAAUCGAGAGAUAUUUGAGCGUAUUAAGAAGUGGAGUUUCAUGGGAGAAUUUCAUUCCGAUGUACACAUUGAGUUUGCAUCCACAGUACCUGUUGGACUGGAUGGGGAUGGAAUGAUAAUGGUGUACGAUACGACUGAUGGAAAGCUUUUGCGUGAAAUGAAAACCUUCAGAGGAGUUACACUUCGAAGUGCCAUUGGAUAUGAUGAGCCUCUUCUGGACGAGUAUGGAAAUCCCGCAUCCUUUGUGUCUCGUAAUUGA